AUGAAGUUCUCCAUUGCUGCAAUCUCUCUCUUCACCCUCAGCGCUCUCGCUCUACCCGCGACAGUUCUUCGCCGUGGCACCAGCGCCGCUACCGUCGGCCUCAUCGGUGAGGUUGAGGGCUUCCGCGCCGAUUUCUAUGUUAUUGAGGGCCACAAGACCAUUGGAUACGGUCACGAUUGUGUCGCGAAGCAGGACUGCGACAGCAUUAAGGCCCCGAUCAGCAAUGUGCAAGGUGAUGAGAUCUUGCAGAAAGACCUCGUCGGCUUUGAGCAGUGUGUAUGCGCGCUGCCAAAUGCCAAGGAUCUCAACGCCAACCAGCAUGGCGCCCUUGUCAGCUUUGCCUUUAACACCGGCUGCGCUGGUUUGCAGCAGGCGUGGGCCGGCGCGAUGACGAGCAAGAAUUUCGACAGCAUCUGCGCAGAUCUCCCUAAUACCAACACCCUCAAUGGACUCUUGACUACUCGUCGCCAAAAGGAGAGUGCGUUAUGCUCCACGCCAACCACGCAGAAGUCUAGUUGCUAA